GCAAGUGCAUAUUCUUAUAAACGUUCCAAUAUUUUUUAUUUUUAGUUGGGCGCGGUCGAGAAAAAACGCAUAAAAGUUUUUUGCUGAACACAAGGAAACCAUUGUUAAGUAUCAAAAUGGAUUACCUUGGUGCUGAAAUUAGUAAGAAGAUCAAAAGUGCUAUAAGGGCAAAGCUGGUAGAGCUUGGAGUUUAUGUCGAUGAUGAGUUGCCAGACUACAUUAUGGUGCUGGUGGCCAACAAGAAAACCAAGAGUCAGAUGGAGCGUGACCUGACCCUCUUCCUGAGUGACCACACAGUAGCCUUUGUUCAGUGGCUUCAGGAAGUGCUGGACAAGCUACAGACCAUCACACUGGCUAAAGACAAAGAAGAGGAAGAAAAGAGUGUCACUAAAAGUAGUUCAACCAAGGAGAGGGAGAAGAAAAGAAAAUCUUCAGAGGUAGGCUCAGAAUCUGCCAAAAAGGUCAAAUCAGAUGAUCCCAAGGAGAAGGAUCGCAAACGCUCAAGUGGUGAAUCUCACAAAGCCAAAAAGGACAAAGAGAACAAGAAUGCUGACAAGGAAAGCAAGCAUGUAGACAAGGAAAGCAAACGCACAGGCAAAGAAAGCAAACACGCCGACAAAAGCACCAAGCACUCUGACGCUACUCCCGCCAAAAAGAAGGACGAUUCGCGCUCCAAAUUGCGCGAAUCCCGCGAACGCCGCACGGCCGAGGAGAAGUCAACACGCGAGCGGGCCGCUCCUCCAGCGAAGGCGGCCGACUCCGGCGGCGGCGCGCGGUCGUCCCGCUCGUCUCAGUCUCUGGAGCGAGAGAGCGGGGCGGAGGGUCGCAGUCAGCGCCGCCGUGGAGUCCAGCAGGCUGCGGCGGACAGUAAGAAGCACCCGCGCGUCUUUGCGCCGGUGAAGCCCACCACUGCCACGGCCGCUGCUGCCGCUGCCGCAGCGUCACCACCGCCGGAGGAGGAGGAGGAUCAGGAUGUGCUCAAUCUGAGCGCCGAGGAAGAUGAACUGGUGAAGGAGCCUGCGCCAGUGGUGGUGGCCGCUCGCCAGCAGCCGGCCGCCGCACCGUCUCGCCCUCAGGCCGCCGCCGCCCCCCGCCAGCAGUCGGUUAAACCUACACCGGUCGUCUCCGUCGCCGCCCCGAAAACUGCGACCGUCCGGCCGGCCUCCUCGGGAGCCUCUGGAGCCUCGGGCGGCGGUCUGAGGGUGGUGAACCUACGGGAGGAGGCCGGCAUGUUCGGCAGGAGGGUGGUGACUGAGGAGGCGCCCCCGGUCCGCCGCCGGUCUCGGUCCCGCUCGCCGGUCAGACGGCGGGAGGUCAAGGUCGCUGAGACAGAGUCUCGAGUUGUGCGGCGCGGCCCCCAGUCCACGGUCGGCGCUGUCGUCUCGCGGGAGGUGGAUGACACAGAAUACGACCCUCUAAACCCGGCGGUCGGCGCCGUGGCCAGCACGGUACGCGUCACCGAGCGGCCGCGCCGGCCGGCCAACCAGCAGCCGCGUCCCACGCUACUGCUAAAGGCCAUGAGGGACGCGCAGCGCUCCACCGUGGCGUCCGUCCGACCGUUUCUGGUCCGGCCGCAGGAGUCGACCAAACCGCAGCGUAAUGCCAACAAGCGUGAUACCCGUGAGCUCUACACAGCCGGUCUGAUGAGCCGACAGCGCCGGCCGCCGGUCUCCGCCCCACCCACCACCGCCUCCGAUACGGGCGCACCGCGGGCCGUGCAGGCGCGCAGUCAGCGCAGCGGCUCGCCCGAACAGAUUGCCAUCACAGUGCGUAACUCGCCGCUUGGCACGGAGGCGGAGCCGGAGACGGCGGUGGAGCCGACGGGGAGGUCCGGCCGCCGGCGCCGGCGCCGCUCGCGACAGACUAAGAGUCCGCCGCCGCCGCGGCCCGACACGCCGCCCGCAGAGCCGGUGAAGGAGGCAGCCAUGGAGGAGGACGGGGAGGACCCGGCCGGCUCCCCGGACCAGCCGUCCUCGGACGACGAGGACACGGUUCACGUCACCAUCGGCAAGGUCAAGGCCCACCCGCAGCGCGCAGAGCCGCCGGCCGAGACACCCGAGUACCGUCCGACGCCGGUGCUGGCCUCCGUGGAUGAUAUAUCUGCCAUUGUACACGCCGUGGCCGACCGCAUCAAAAACCCGCCGCCCCAGACCCCUCCAGUCUCCGCGGCGUCACUCCGUCCCGGCCCGUCCAGACCCCACCUCUCUCGCUCCGCCCCCGCUCGGGACGGACGGACUCGGGAGAGAGGCCGAUCCCCACCGCCAGAGGAGAGGAGGGUCGCCAGGCGAGACUCCCGGUCAUCCUCGCCCGCUCCUCUGUCCCUGCCGAGGGCCCGACGGAAGAGGAGGCGGCGCGAGCGCCCAUCCAGCCCUACGUUCGUAGUCACGAUGACGGGUCUGGGCGCGUCUCGGUUCGCCCGCUCGAUCGACUCGGACGGCGCGCUGGGGGCCGAGGACCCUCCCGCCGCCGAGGGGGUGGUUAUAGAAGAGGAGGAGGAAGAGGAAGAAGAGGAGCUGGAGGAGGAGGACCUGCGCGCCCAGCUGCUGGAGGACAGGGCGCGCAAACGCGCUCAUCCUGUGAUCGCACCUCCAGCUCAGGACCCGGAGCCGGCGCCGCCAGCAGCUCCGGCUCCCAAACAGGGCACCACCACGCGCUGCCGGUUCUGGCCCAACUGUAAAGUGGGCCCUGGCUGCGCCUUCCACCAUCCCACCGUGCCCUGCAAGACGUUCCCGGCGUGCAAGUUCGGCGACGCGUGUCUGUACAUCCACCCUCCUUGCAAGUUUGACGGCAGCUGCACCCGAUCGGACUGUCGGUUCAGCCACAGUGCGCCACGGCCGGCACUGGCCACCGCCGCCGCCGCGCCCGUCGCAGCGUUCGGUGGCAGUGCGGCGCGACAGGGCUCGAUCACUGCCGAGUGUCGAUUCUUCCCCAACUGCAACAACCCGACGUGUCCGUAUAUCCACCCCAAGAUGUGCCGGUAUGGCGAGGCGUGUACCAACGCCUCCUGCCUGUUCGCACACCCCAGUCCCGCACUGGGCGGCGGCAGACCGCAGUUCAAAUGGGUCGCGCGCGGCGCCAUCUGAGCCGCACGGUGACGUCACGAUUCGGUCAACGAUGACGUCAUGCGUCACCGAUGACGUAUCAGCUAGUCGGCUGUGGGAGCGACGCGGCCAGCGCGGACCGCGGGGUCGUGAUCGCCUCAGGGUGUGGGGGUGGGGUCACUGCGGGUCCCUGCCGGUCGGCGCCUGAGCUACGGCCUUCUCAGCGUGAUGUGGACCCCUGUGGACAGUGUGGAUUGGUGGACAGUGUGGAUCCCAGUGGACAGCGUGGACUCCAGUGGACGGUGUGGAUGUGGAAACGUGGACAGAUGAGAGGGCUAGUAUCACGCGGAUACCGUUUGGUGUUGAGUGGGUGUCAGUUUCGCGAAUGAUAUGAUCAUCACUUCUCGUUCGACUAUACUUUGAGAGCUGAGGUUGGGAGUUUCGCUGAGAGUUUCGCUGAGUGAUGGGUGAUUUCCGUCAAACCGUCCCCGUUACCAUGUCGGACAUAGGCAGCCGACUGGUCGCUAUCUUCAUGAUGAUUGGCUGUAAGUGAGUUCUCCAAGAUGCGUUACCGAACGGCUAUGGAAUAGGGCGAGCGAGGGAGUAGUGGGGAUGUCACUUGGGCGCCGAUGUUUGGUUAGGGAAACGCACAGGGAUACCGAUCCACCGUUGAUCUGUGGUGGGUUUUCUGCGCUGAAGCUGACGUUUGUGUAAGAAUGGGUCAAUGGUGCGGUGUUGGCACCGCGGCAGUUCCUUGGGAGUGGCCAGCGAACACUUGUCGUCACAUUCUGUGAAUUCGUCAGGUAAUUCCGGUACUUAGCGGUCUGAGUGUGUGAUUUCCCGUGCGAGAAAGUUCUGUAGUUGUUUUUGUGUGUUUGUCGUUUUUCUUUGGAUAAGCUUUUGGUAUCAAUUUGUAUUCUUUUGGUGGGGCAGAGAUGCUCUACAUCAUUACCUCGAUCUUCUCAGACUACCUAACUCAUCUACGCUUGGAUUUCGUUCAUUGUAAUUCCUCAGUCGGUGUUUAUGGCUUCUCGAAUGCUGAUCAAUGACAUGACAUUUGUGUUCCUUCUUCUUCCAGAAAAGGAUAACUACGUUUCCUUAUACCCAUAUAUGUAUAUUUCAUUGUGUUAGACACUUAACUUUGAUGUUGAAAGAUAAUCCGGUAGCCCAUGGAGAAAUUGUAUCGUUGAAAAGUUCCGAAAAUAUGAACUGUUUUGCAGA